UCCCAAUAACUAAUUUUAACUUUUUCAUCUGGUUCCAAGAAUAAGCCAGUGCCCAGCAGAGAGCUGAUGUUGCUCUUGGAAGACUGCACUCUCCUAAAAGAGAAGUGCGGCACAAGUCUCCAAUUCAUCAGACCAAUGGGCUUCUCUGUGUACAGUUAAUAGGCCUAGAGAGAAGACAUGUGGUUUCUGGAAUCCCAAAGUUCUCAAUAAGAUUCUCAGUUCAGAGUUAUUCCUUUUGACCUCCUAUACUCCAUGGAGAUUAAAAUGUUGAAUUAUGUAACUCUUUUCCAAGUUUGUGUAUGGUCAGCAUAGUGCUAUCAAAUGAACCAUUCAGGUUGGACAUAUCAGUUGGUUAUUUCCAGCAAGGGAAGAGGUGAUUCAGUCCUACAAACAGUCAAGUCCAUUUUUCAAGUCAAUAUAAAAAAUUAAGUCAGUUUGGUCAAGGAAACAUUCUGCCUUUCAAUUCAAUCAAGCAAUUACUUCAAUUAAACAGAUAAUUCAGUCUAACAACAAGUUGGUCCUGCUUUACAACUGAUUAAUUCAGUAUAACCAUUUAUAAGUUCUGUCAAUUAGUCAAGUCAUUUGGCCUAUCAAAAAAAAAAACAGAUUUGAGGACUUAUGGUCACCAUGAGCAUGUGGACUGUGAGUGGUGAGUCUUUUCAGAUAAAAUAGGGCUAAAAGCUUAUGGAGUAACUGGAAAAGGAACAUGUAUUCUGAAAAGAAAGAAAAGAAUGCCCUAAAGGAGCUUAGCAGACUUAUAAGUAUUCUUAAAAUAGAUAACAAUGUAUUAAUGAAAGAUGUUCAAGAGAUAGCAACUAUGGUGGUCCCCAGACAUGAAGAGGAAACCCUGUAUUUGGUGAAAGAUGAAAGAGAUUAUAUGAAAAUGGAGACUAAUAUUAAGAGAAAGAAAACGAGUCUUCUACACCAGCAUGGACAGUACCCCAUAUGGAUGAACCCGAAGCAAGGAAAAAGGCUGAAGGCAAUGUGAGAGAAAGCAAAGGGGGAAAGCAAAGCAAAAGCAGUGAAGUCAGCUAAGUGUUUGGCCUAACAGAAUUUUAAAAACUUGAAAAAUGCCACAUAAGACAAAUCUCUGAUUAGAAUGUAUACAUUGAUUUCAGCUUCCACCAAAUGAAAAUUUCAUUUCCAUAUUUUAACUGGGCCUUUUUCUUCCAUUCAAACCCAACAUAACUGCUCAAAUUUGUUUUGGGAGCUUGAAUAAAAUAUUUUCUUUGACGAA